AUGAUCCCCACACACCAAUUGAGCCGAUCCUCGGUCGCACUCGCGCUGCUUUCUUUGAGCGCGUGGUGGCCAUCCGGGGCAUUUGCGGGGAGCAGCAGUGGCAACAUCGACGGCUACAAGCUGAAAGAAGACAUCCCAGUAUCAUGUCUGAAUCGCACAGUUGACGGGGAACAUAUCACAGAUGACCUUGGAAAACUACAAUAUGUCCCCUUCGUAACCUGCAAUGAAACCGCACGCCCGCUCUCCCUCCACUACGGCAUCUCCGAAACAAUAACCUGCACCAUCGCCUCGCUCACCGAUGAAAUGUACCACCUACUAGAGUUCUACGUUCACUCGGACGUACCAAUGACUUGCCGUGUCCCAACAGCACCCCUAAUUCAAUCCGGCAGCAGCGACCACACGGAGAAAACCAAAGCCGAAGACGCAGAGACAGCCUCCGGAGAAGUCGACUCCCUCUCCGCACUAGCCAAUAACGGCCCACCCUUUACACCACUCACAAUCGCCUUGCAGGGUACACUGCAACGCAGUCACCUGCACAUUUGGACGGAUAUGAACGUCGUAAUGCACAACAUGGCGUCUGACGCAGCCGCCGAGCAGAAGACCAUGAACGGCGCGCAGUCUGGUCAGCCUGGGUUUGCGGUUGCGGGAACUGCAUACUCGACGCCUGAGUUCGAUAAUACUGGCAAAAACCGGCAACUCGAUGAGGACGAGGAGCCUGUUGCUCUUGCACAGGCGGCGCGUGAGCCGUGGACGGCUGGACAUGGGACUAAGGUUGUGCGCGGUGAGCCGUUGACGUUCUCGUUCCAUGUUGCUUGGUUGGAGGGUGGUGAUAGUAUUGGGUGGCCUGUUCGGCCUAGUUCUGCGUCUUGGUUGUCUUUGGCUACUGGGUCUGGGAAGGGGUCUGGGUCGUUCUUUUCGAAGCUUUUCUUCUUUUUGAUGGCUGCUUCGGUUGGUGCGUUGGUUGCAAUUUACUGGGAGAGGAAUGGGGGUCGGGGUCGUCCUGCUUGGCAUGGUGAUGGGCUCUUGGGUGGGACGCCUGCUAGGGGGGCGAAGGGUCCUGGUGUUACUUUUGGGAACGGGGGCCGGAUUAAUGGGUAUGGUGGUUAUUCUGGUCCGCCUAAUGGUAAUGGGGCUGGUGGUGGUGGGUAUGGACUCCCUACUGGGAAGAGGGAUUAA